AUGGCGGAAACAGAUCUAGUCUUAGCUGAUACUACGUCCCAUCCUGGAAUCUCGAUCAUUACCAUCAAUCGACCCCAGAGAAAGAAUGCAGUGGAUCCCAGAACCGCCAAGCUGCUCUACGAAGCUAUCAUCGCCUUCGAAGCGGAUGUGACACAGAAGGUCUGCGUCCUCACCGGGUCGGGAGGCACUUUCUGUGCUGGGGCCGACCUGCACAGCGUCGCACAGAAGAUCGAAGGGUCUCCUCCGGGCGAGAAUCUCCAACCCGUCAACAAUCGCAACCUAGCUCCCAUGGGGCCCUCGAGGCUGAUAGUCCAGAAACCAGUGAUCGCAGCUGUGGCGGGAUACGCUGUGGCAGGCGGGCUAGAGCUCAGUCUACUUGCAGAUAUGCGUGUGGUAGAAGAAAACGCGGUCUUUGGCGUCUUCUGUCGUCGCUGGGGCGUGCCGCUGAUCGAUGGCGGAACCGUGCGCCUGCAGGCCAUUAUUGGCCUAGGACGCGCUCUUGACAUGAUCCUGACCGGUCGUCCAGUGGGGGCCCAAGAGGCCCUUACGAUGGGACUUGCCAACCGUGUGGUGCCCAAGGGAGAGGCCCUCCAGAAAGCACUUGAGAUUGCCCAGCAGCUCAUCGCGUUUCCCGAACGUUGUUUGAACACGGAUCGCCGGUCUGCUUAUUAUAGCGCCUACGAAGCUUCUUCUUUCCAAGAUGCCAUGUCCCAAGAGUUCAAUACCGGGUUCAAAGUCGUCUCAGAGGAGGCAAUCGCAGGCGCUGCCCGAUUCAGCAGAGGAUCUGGUAGACACGGUAGCUUCAAGGAGUUCAGCAAGCUUUGA